AUGGCUACCCCCAGUGUCCUUACCUUUGAUGCUGAGGGUCGUGCUGUUGACUUUGAGGUCUGGGUCGAUGACCUCCAGCUGUUCCUACUGCACUAUAGGGCACACGGACUCUCUCUGUUUGAUCUCACCUCUGGUGCCUCUCCUGCCCCGCCUGCUACUGCUGACAGCACUAUUCGCUCACAGUGGGCCACACGCGAUGCUGCUGCCCGCCUUGCUGUGCGUCGCCACUUACCGACCACUGAGCGUGCGCACUUUAGCCAGUACAAGAGUGCUAAGACCUUGUACGACGGUGUAGUUGCACGCUACUCCUCCCCUGCCACUGCUGCGCUUAGCCGCCUCAUGCUGCCGUACCUGUUCCCUGACCUUGCUGCCUUUCCCACAGUCGCUGACCUUAUUACGCACCUCCGCAAUAGUGACACUCGCUACCGCGCUGCGCUUCCUGCUGAGUUCUGUGCCAAGAACCCUCCCCCCAUGUACAUCACCCUCUACUACAUAGUCACCCAGCUCCCUGACUCCCUUCGCUUAGUCAGGGACCACUUCCUCUCAGUUUGCCCCACCACACUCACCGUUGACCUACUCGAGGAGCGCCUCCUAGCAGCAGAGAAGAGCAUAGUCGCUGUAGGAGCCUCUUGUGCUGACCCUCGCACCCCCGUCUUUGACGGGUGUUCCCCCUCCCCCCUAUUGCCCUCUGUUGCUUGUGCCGCUGCGGCUGACCUUGAUGGUUUCGAGUCGGUCGGGCUGCGUUUGCCCCUAGCGGGAGACGCCGCACCGGCAAGGGCAAGGGGGGCAAGGGCGCUGGAGGGGCUGGCGGGGGCGGUGGAGGUAGUGGUGGAGGAAGUGGAGGGGGUGGGGGUGGUGGUGGGAGUGGUGGCGGGGGUAGAGGUGUCGAUGGCAGCAGUGGAGGCGGUGGAGGCGGCGACGGUGGCAGAGGGAGCGGAGGCGGCGGAGGUGGCGGAGGCGGCGGAGGUGGCGGAGGCGGCGGAGGUGGCGGAGACGGCGGCGGCAGCGGUGGAGCUGGUAGCGGCUCUGCGCAGGGGAGUGGCUUCGGUGCUCGGUUGGGGUACUGGUCCCUGCACCUACGUCCUCCGUACCGGCGACCACGCUGGUGAGCAGUGCGGGGGCCCGCACUCCACCCAGCGCUGCUUCGGCCGCCUAACGGACGCGUGGCGUCACCAAUUCCCUGAGGCAUCUGAGAUCCCUCGCUGGGGAGAGCUGUCUAGGGCGGGGGGUGCUAUCUUUGAUCUUGAUUAUGAUGCUAUUCUUGCUGCCAUGUAUGCUGAGAAUGAUAGUGUUGAGGGUGACUGUUACCUGUGUGUUCCGCCUGACCCGGGCAUUGAGGCUGCUGCUCUAGGUGCUGGUGAGGCUUCUGCUCUAGGUGCUAGUGCGUCUGCUGCCCCAGGUGCUCGUGAGUUUGCUCUCCCAGGUACUACGUUGGCUCAGGCCUUACACACCUUCACUCUUGACUCGGGUGCUUCCCGCUCCUUCUUUUGA